UAAAUAGAGGAAAGUUACCAUUUCCCCCUCUCCCUAGCUUAAAUCUUGUUAAUUGCCAGGUCCUGUUGUUCAGAGUAACUGUGGAGACUCUGUGUCUCUCAGUAGAGCAAAACCACUGCCAGUUGUUUCCUUGUCUCUGUUACCUUGGUGAUCUUUUACUGCUGUCAGUGUAACUUUCUAAGCCUCUUGAAUCCUCCUCAACUGCAAAAUACUCGGAGACAAAAGCUAGGAAGGUGCUGCUAUUAGUGUUGUUUCUCUUGUAGUUGUGUGUUGAACAGAAAGACUUUACAAAAGAGUUACAAAAUGGAUAAGCAGAAUUUUAAUGUUUUGGGGAUUUGUCUGCCUAAAAAUCUGAACAAAAAAAUAAUGUAAGUUCACCUCUGUGAUUGGGGAGUUUGAAUGUGCAGGUACUACACUGAUUGGUCCUGUAACAGCUUAUUUUUUAAAUAAUGUUAGUGUAUUGCACCAAAGGGUAGUGCUGAAUGGGUUAUUGUAGUGGGGAGAUUUUAGGAUGAGUCCAGUUUUUAUUUUUCUUCGGUAACAAUCUGAAACAGGAGGGAAUGUGAUUUUUAAUGAAAUUCGUAGGUGGUACCAAACUGGGACAAAGUACACUGCUCAAUGAAUUUGUUCAGGGUGUGUAAAUGGGCCUAGAGGGGUUACAAGAUGAUUUCACUUUUUCUUCUCAUCACAUGCAAAGGUGAGCUAAUCUACCUUGGGAGCAAUGCUCUAAAAAUGUUCAUAACGUGUUCAGCAGGAGGGUAGAGCUUAGGAACCUGCUGAUGCCAAAAAAGAUCUAGUGAGGAGGGUAAAAACAAACUAGUCAGGAUAAUUUUUCUGAUUGUACACAUCACUCUAAUUCUAAUUGCCUUCAGGAAAGGAGUAAUAUAAACUUUUUUCCUUUUUUUCUUUCUAUAUUUUUUUUCUUCUGCCAAUCUGGUAUGAUGACUUUGUCAAAAAACCUGCAUUGCUUUGAUGUCAGAUGGCUAAAUGGAAAGACAAGAUUUAGUUUGUAUCAGAUUCUGUCUGAUCAGUACCGUUUGCAAGAUGUAUUGGAACGAUCUGGUCAGGUUAUGGCUGUGGCAAAAGGCUUGUUUGGGGAUGCUCCUCGCACACGAACAGGUUUCCCUAAUGUAACAAUGGCUCCUAACUGUGACCUAGAAUCAUCUCAAGGACCCAUUGUACAAAAAAGUCAUCCUCCCAGUCAGCUUUCCAUCCUUAGUGAAUCUGUCAUGGACUCCCAGGCUCUUAAUGAAGAGGAGGAGGAAGCAUUAUCAGAAGAUGGACACCAUGACAUUUUGGGUUUCAAAUCCAACAUCAAUUCUGACAGGCUACUUCGGUUGUUGAGAGAAGAAAAUUCCUUGGUGAAUUCUCAGCUGUGGGUUGAUAAGGAUGUGAGAAAAACCACCUUAUCAAAGGAAUCAAAUGUGCCUUUGACUCCAACAAUUGUUUCUCCUUCAUUGGAUCAGUCAGCCCUCAAUGCUACCAGUGUAAUCAAGAGAACCCGUUCAAGACUUCAGAAUGAAGAUGAAGAAGAGUCUGUAGACUCCACUGACACUGUGAGACAAGUGCUGAAUCCAAACUCAAGGAAACAGAAGCAUAUUGCAGCAAAGAUGAAAAGAAAGCAAGCUGCACAAAACUCUGCAAGACAGAAGAGAGGUGAUUCUCCAGGUAAUUUAAUCCAGACUGACCUUCAGAGGGACAACAAACCCAGCCUAGAUGUUCUCAACCACAUGAUCCAUGAAGUGGAGCGUGAACUGGAGGAAUAUGAGCGAUGUACAGGUCGUGAGGUCCAAAAAAAAGAGAGAAGUGAAGGCCUCUCUGGGUUUACACUGUCACUGGUGAACGCUCUCUGUCGUUUGAUGCGCUACCUCAAAGAGACUGAAAUGCAGCUGCAUGAGAAAGAGAUGAUGAGGCAGCAGCAGCAGGAGAUGUUGAAUGAACACAGAGAACUGAUUGAUGCUCUGACUGCAGAAGUACUUCAAGUAAGGGAAGAAAACAUUACUAUGCAGAAGAAGCUUCAGCAAUACAUGACAGUAACAGAUGAAAAGCUGAUUUGUCUCACACAAGCAUUUAAAGGCCUCCCUUUGGUAGAACCUGAAAGAGAACAAAGUCCAAAACAUUUUGGAAUUGCAGGCAAAGGUCCAGCAAACAGCCAAGAAAAACCUGAUUUGACCUGUUCUGAGCCCAGAACUGGUGCAGGCAAUAGGGAAAAUAUGCUGAAAUUUCCACAGGGAGAACUACCUUUCACGUUUCCUCCAGGGCCAGGUGCCUCAGGUGAUAUGAGACCUGGUAGAAGCUUCCCAGCUCACAUCUUCCAGCCAGCUGUGCUGUUGUCACCACCUCAGCAGAAGAGCAGUCAGGAAUUGUCUUCCUUCCAGAAUGUGUUUGCAGCCAUUUCCCAGUCUACUGAAAGAGAGCCAUGCAAGGAAAGGAGCUUACCUUCCUCCCUGAGAACACAGAGCACAACUGAGGAAAACUGUCCCAUCUCUCAAAGGCAGCCAGUUCCUCCUGCAGCCAAAGACUUGGAGAGUUCCCACAAGAAAAUCAAUCUGUCCUGUCCAGGUGACACUGGGAAAAACAGCACAGCUGAAGAGUUACUUCAAAAUGGUGAUCUGCUGGGACAGAUAGCUGAGCUCACACGGCAGAAUGCUCUAAUUAAAGCUCAGCUGAGCAAAUUCAGAGGUGUCUCUGGAGACAAAAGUGAUUGCCUACAUCAGCCAGACCCAACACAAAAUGCAGAUCCUAGUCCAGACUCUUCACAAGGGCAGAGUCAUCUCAUGGUAUCGAGGAGCUUGGAGGAAAGAAUAGCAGAGCUGAACCGCCAGAGUACAGAAGCACGGGAUAAACUCUUGCAGUUGAUAGACCAGCAGAAAUCAGCUGCUGCUGACAUGGUCCCUCCAGUGCUGCCUCCUGUUCCAGCCCCAUCCCUGAAUUACACUGAACAUGCAAGGAGGACAGUUGAAGUCUCUGUUCCUGGGGCAGUGGCUGUGGACAGCUCCAAGGAUGACAGUGUUUCCCAUGCCAGUAUGACCAGUAUAAGAAGGUCUGUAGGAGACUCCAGCAAGCCUUGUUCACCUUUAAGUGCCACGUCAGAAAGUGCCAAAUUAAAUUCUGUCAGCCAGAGACCAAAGGUAGAAAAGCAGAAAGAAGAAGGAUGGUUUGCAUUGUCAAUGCACAUUAUGUAACAGAAGCUGAGCUCAAGUCCUGUAUUUUUUAAAUACUUUUUUAUGGACCACAAAUAAAUCACAAUUUCCCUCUACA